AUGGGGAAGCGAGUCGGGAGCAGGAACUCGAACGAGUCCGCAUUGACUCGGUGGGUUCAGUCGGUCUUUGGGUUCGUCAAAUUCGCCGAGUUUGAAAUCCUGUUUGUUCUUUUCUUCGUGAUCGCGUUCCUCGUUUUCAAAGAUCUCACAUCGAGGCCGGAAUACAGUCAGCUUCUCGUAAAAAAGCCGGGUGGAGGUGGUUUUUGGCCGUACUAG